AUGGCGGCAGCACCGCGGCUCCUUCCCCUCGCCGCCGCCGCUGUCGCGGCGUGGAUGCUAGCCGCUGCUGCCGCUGGCGUGGAGGCCGGGGACCCGCCGCUCUCGCCCAAGGGGGUCAACUACGAAGUGGCGGCGCUCAUGGCGGUUAAGAGCCGGCUGCGGGACGAGAGGGGGGUCAUGGCCCACUGGGACAUCUACUCCGUCGACCCCUGCACCUGGUCCAUGGUCGCCUGCUCCCCGGACAAGUUCGUCGUCUCGCUCCAGAUGGCCAACAACGGCUUGUCCGGGACGCUGUCGCCGAGCAUCGGGAACCUCAGCCACCUCCAGACAAUGUCACUACAGAACAAUAGAAUAUCAGGUGAAAUUCCUCCAGAGAUAGGGAAGCUGAUCAAUCUGAAUGCUCUUGACCUUUCUAGUAACGAGUUCAUUGGUGAUAUCCCAAGUUCAUUGGGGCAAUUGACUCGACUAAAUUAUCUACGCCUUGAUAGGAAUAACUUGUCUGGGUCGAUUCCGGCAGAUGUUGCUAGGCUUCCAGGUCUCACAUUCCUUGACUUAUCAUUCAACAAUUUAAGUGACCCAGUUCCAAAAAUCUAUGCACAUGAUUACAGUCUUGCGGGAAAUCGGUUCCUUUGCAAUUCCUCAAUUGUACAUGGUUGUUCGGAUCUGACAGCAAUGACUAAUGGGACAAUGUCGAGACAGGUCCAAAAGGCCAAGAACCAUCAUCAAUUAGCUCUGGCAAUUUCUUUAAGUGUCACCUGUUCCACAAUAUUAGUUUUGUUGUUCGUGUAUUGGCUAAGUUAUUGCAGAUGGCGCUUGCCUUUUGCUUCUGCUGAUCAAGAUCUAGAAUUUGAAUUGGGUCACGUGAAGCAUUUCUCAUUUCAUGACCUGCAAAGUGCAACGGACAGUUUUAAUUCGAAGAAUAUAUUAGGUCAAGGAGGUUUUGGCAUUGUGUAUAAAGGCUGUUUGAGAAAUGGAACUUUAGUGGCAGUGAAGAGAUUGAAAGAUCCUGAUGUUACCGGUGAAGUCCAAUUUCAAACAGAAGUUGAGUUGAUUGGCCUCGCUGUGCACAGGAAUCUCUUGCGUCUGUAUGGAUUUUGCAUGACCUCGAAAGAACGGUUGCUUGUAUAUCCAUAUAUGCCAAAUGGCAGUGUUGCUGACCGCUUGAGAGAUUACCGUAAUGGAAAACCAUCUCUUGAUUGGAGUAAACGCAUGCGGAUUGCUCUUGGCGCUGCCAGGGGGUUACUCUACCUUCAUGAACAAUGCAAUCCUAAGAUCAUUCACAGGGAUGUCAAAGCUGCAAACAUAUUGCUUGAUCAAAGUUUUGAAGCAAUCGUUGGGGAUUUUGGAUUGGCAAAACUUCUUGACCGUCAGGAAUCACAUGUUACUACUGCAGUUCGGGGCACUAUUGGGCAUAUUGCUCCUGAGUAUCUCUCAACUGGACAGUCCUCAGAGAAGACUGAUGUUUAUGGGUUUGGUAUUCUCCUGUUGGAACUGAUUACUGGUCCUAAAACCUUGAGCAAUGGACAUGGCCAGUCUCAGAAAGGCAUGAUUCUAGAUUGGGUUAGGGAGCUAAAGGAGGAAAAGAAACUGGAUAAGCUGGUCGACAGGGAUCUCAGAGAUUCAUUUGAUAUUCUUGAGCUGGAAUGUUCAGUCGAUGUGAUCAUCCAAUGUACACAGACGAACCCUAUACUGCGGCCUAAGAUGUCACAAGUUCUGCACGCUCUUGAAGCUAACGUCACGCUGGCGGAAAGCAGCGUUGAGUUGAAUAGGGAACCUCUUCCUUAUGGCGUACCUUACAGUUUCUCUAUAAGACACGAGGACCCACAUGAUUCGUCGUCCUUCAUAAUAGAGCCAAUUGAGCUAUCUGGUCCCAGAUGA